AUGGAACGUGAACAAGAGCCAGACCAAGUAGCUACAGCCAUCCAGCGAAUGGCUGACUUGAUGGAACGUAUGGUUGACCAACAGGGUCAGGGCCAUGGGAAUGCUGCUGGAAACCCGGGAAAUAAUCCGGGCAAUCACGAGGGAGAGGACCGUGCUUUAGAACGGUUCCAAAAAUUCGCACCCCCCAAGUUUGUAGGUGGAUCUAACCCUGAUCUAGCAGAAAACUGGAUGGACCAGAAACGGGAAGAUGAUUUUAUCCGCUUGCGUCAAGGGACACUUAGUGUAGCGGAGUACGAGACCCAGUUCACAAAGCUCUCCCGUUUUGCCCCGGAGUUAGUGUUAACGGAGCAAAAACGAAUCCGCCGCUUCGUUCAAGGUUUAAAUGUGGAGAUCCAGGAGGCACUUGCAGCUGCUCAGUUGGACACGUUUGGCCAGACACUAGAAAAAGCACAGCGGAUUGAGACAGCUAGGGGACAGGGUAAAUUUGGAAGAGGAGGACGAGUAGGGCAAGAGCCCCAGAGGAGUGCCCAGCGUGGAGGGCCAAGUGCGGGCAUUAAGCCAAUCUGUGGUUUCUGUGGGGCCAAUCACACUGACGAAAACUGUUGGAAGAACAGUUCGAUCCGAAGAUGCUAUAAGUGUGGUAGUGCAGAACAUCUGAUCGCCCAGUGCCCUAAGUUACAAAAGGAGAAACCUAAGCCACCGACUGAAGGGACUACAGCUAAGCCGUCAAAUGCAGAGGAAAAUCGACCCAAAGGGCCAGCUAGAGUCUAUGCAAUGGGUCAACCUGAAGUGACUAAUCCUUCGGCGGGUUUCGAAGGUACGCUUGGACCAAAGAAUUAA